AUGCAAUCACAUGAGGAUAUCCUCUGCAUUUUCUACACUCUACAAAUUAUAACUGGAAUCAUUAGCAGUCUCUUACUCUUUUACCUGUAUGGCUUCAAUUUACUUACUAGUCAAAAGAUAAGAUCGAUUGAUGUGAUCUACAUUAAUUUGUCUUUUUCCCACAUUUUGUUGAUCCUCUUCAAGGGAGUUAUAUUUGCUGUCCAGAUUUGCAUCCAGACAUUUGUUCUGGGUGACACUGAAUGUAAAAUAAUAAUUUAUCUGCAGAGAGUGUCCCGGAGUCUUUGCCUUUGCACCACCUGCCACCUAAGCAUCUAUCAAGCUGUCACCAUCAGUUCUGGCAGACCACUAUGGGCAGAGCUGAGAGCCAAAGCCCAAAAGUACAUUGUUCCAUCCUGUGCCUUCAUAUGGGUACUCAGUCUAUUGAUAGAUGUGGAUGUCCCUUGGUAUGUGAAUGGUCCUAGGAAUAGCACAAACAGUAAGCUGCUUGAGAAUGUAGGACACUGCUCUUUAGAUAGGCAUGCCAUGGCUGCCUCAAAACUUGUAAUCAGGAAGUUACUUUAUGAUGCAGUGUUUCUUGGAAUCAUGGCCAUUACCAGUGGGUACAUGGUAAUUAUUUUGUACAGACACCACUGCCAAGUCCAACACAUACAUACUACCAGCCUCAACCCCAAUUCUUCCAUAGAGACCAGGGCCACCAAAGUCAUCCUCUUGCUCACGAGCCUCUUUAUAUGUUUUUAUUCACUCAGUUCUAUGUUUAUUGUUGUGAUGGAGAAUGCUAAAGAUAAAAACCAGUGGGUGAUACAUAUGAUUGUAUUUUUUAAUUUGUGUUUUCCAAUAUUCAGUCCCUUUGUUAUAAUAAGCAGUGACUCCCAGAUCCACGUCUGUAGUAAUCCUUUCAAAAAGAUAAAAAAAAAAUCUUAUCCCCACCCAUUAAUAUUGGCAUCUCUCAUUAAACAUGUUUUAAAGCAUAGAGUCAUAGAAUUUUAA